CGUUGCUUAGCAACCGACGUCGCCCGCGCGCGGGAGCCAGACGAACGCAAGCCCCGCCUUCUUGGCGGUUUUACCUCAGAGGGCUGUUGCUAGGCGGCAAAAGGCAGGAGCUCCGUGUAGGCGGCAAGCUGUGGUAAGAGGGCGGCUCCUUGGCACUCCGCAGCGCCGCGAACCUACUUUCGCCUCCACCUCCACCAUUGGGCACUAGGCUGUGCCAGAUGGCAGCCUGUGAACUGCAGUAGCCAGGCGGUGGCGCCCGACGGACCCGGGAAGGCUGCACCAGCCUCUUAGAGAGAAGCUGCAGAUCGACGAAUUGUAUGUUCCAAGCCACCCCAUCUCCGAUCCCAAAGGAGAAUUACUGACUAGAUUCCGAAGGCUCUGCAUCAGUAAGAUUACUUCUUUGUAGGGAAAAUGAAAAAGUCCUCAAACACAGCAGGUACUGGUGCUCCAAACUCAGAUAGUCACAAGACACAGUCGGCACGUGCUGCAAAGAUAAAGGCAAGAAAAGAAGAUAUUUCAGCAACAAUAAUACAGAAGGCCUGGUUCAUUUAUGUGGACAAAACAUUGUUUAAACUCCUAAAACACACAGUUUGUGCAGCGGAAUAUUGUGUGGCACACGAACUGCUGGCGAGAGUGAACCCCAUAGAGGCUGAGCUUCUUAAAGAUCCUAGCAUGAGGUGUAAAGUCAGAUUCAGAUUUGGUGGUGAAACGUUUCCACCUUUUAUCGUGUUCAAAAUUUUUUUUAAAAACGAUGGCCAUGGUUACAAGUAUUUCAGUGGGAAAGAUUUACUAAAGCCGUCAAGUAAGGCAGUGGCUGAUGCUUACAAGAUAAUGGGGGAAAGGAAAUUUUAUCAACAAAUUAUGGAAGAUGAGCAUUUUUUCCAGAAAUUCAAAAUAGCUGAUCGUAUGGAUGUUGUCACGGUGCAAGACUACAUGCAAUACUGCAGUCUUCUGGAUGAGACCCCCGCAUCAUCUGGUGGCAAGAAUAACCACUGGCGAAAAUUAAACCUCGGAAGCAUUCCCAAAACAAUGAUGAUGUAUGACAUUGUUGAUUAUGCGGAGUCCGGAGUAAUCUCGAACCGUUUACAAAAAGAAAUGAAAUAUUUGGUGCAGAAGCCAGAAACAGAAGAGAUGCGUCAGCACCAGCUAGAGAUUGUUUCUAAAGUUAGGUUUCCAAGCAUUACAACUGUCCGGCCUUUUUACCAGCCUUGGGAAGAGCAAGGUAAAGCGAAACAUCUGGGCCGUCGAUCCAAGCAGGCACAAAAGAAGGUUGAAAGAAUGAGAAAAGCCUAUAUGGCAGCUAAAGAAGAGAAGGCUUCCUCCAAGGAAGCACAGUCAGACAGGUCAGAAGAGAAGACGAGGAGGAUCAUCUUCUCCACCCCAUCUUUUGAAAUUGUGGCAAUUGAAGAGCCCCCAACAGACACCCAACUGGAAGAAGAAGAAAGGGAACUAUUUGCCUGGUAUCAAGACCUGUAUGUUAAACAGUCUUCAUUGUUUUGAAACACUAGUGGACCGAAAGUCACAGUUGUUUGACAAUGUCGUUGGCUCUCUAUAAAUAAAGAACAGCCCAAGUAGAAAAAAGUCUUUGGUAUGCUUUCUUAACCAGAUGGCUGAUAUAUUUGGAAGCUCCUUU